AUGCACGGCAUCCCAAGCGAUUGCUUCGCGCCGGGUGUCAGCUUCACAUGGGAGCUCUGCUGCCUGGGAUGGCAUGGCAUCGGGGAUGCCAGCUGCUGGGACUACAACGGCUACAACUACGAGCGCUGUUGCUUGGGCGCCAGCUUCCGGGAUGCUUGCGGCUGCGAGCCGGGUAUGUCCUGGGAUGCUAAUCUCCGUCGCUGUGCGAACAGCAAGGUGAUCGAACCGACCGCACCGACUCUUUUGACGAGGUGUCGGAAGCUUCAUGCGAUUGUGGCUGCAGCUGUGCGAAAACCAGUGGCCUUCUCGUCAGAGCCUGCUUGGCCAGC